UUGACAGCUUCACAGGUGAGACAACCGUCCAGAGGCUGUUCCACUUUACGUUUCAGUUUUUACCCCCGGAGCACUAUUCACUGUGAGUCUGGGUUUGCUACAGUCAAAAAACAACCAUUCGAAGUCAAACGAUUCCGGCAGCAUGAGCAAAAAGAAAAAGGACUGGAAGACUGAAAAAGAGAGACUGCUCCGUCUAGAUCGGGAGGAAAGACGCAAGGAGUAUCGCCGUCAAGAUUUUGUAUCUUUGGACAGCAUCUCAACCUUGCGACAGGACAGCAGACCCAAUGACGAAGAUGAAGGGAGUGAGCUGCCAGGCGGAGGACUGAGAGACAAAGUAUCUCUCUACAAAGGAGAUAUUACGGUCCUGGAGCUGGAUGCCAUUGUCAAUGCCGCAAACUCGAGUCUUCUGGGAGGAGGAGGAGUGGAUGGCUGCAUACACAAAGCAGCGGGGUCCUGUCUGUAUGAUGAGUGCCAUUCACUAAAUGGCUGUGAAACCGGCAAGGCCAAGAUCACCUGCGGCUAUGAUCUCCCUGCAAAAUAUGUGAUCCAUACCGUGGGCCCGGUGGCCAGAGGUCAUGUGGGCCCUACCGAGACCAAUGACCUCACCUCCUGCUAUCAGAGCUCCCUCAGGCUGAUGAAGGAACAUGACUUGACCACUGUGGCCUUCCCAUGUAUAUCCACAGGCAUCUAUGGUUUUCCGAAUGAGCCUGCAGCUGGUAUUGCUUUGAACACGGUGAAGAGCUGGAUCGAAGAGAAUCCAGAUAAGAUCAAACGGGUCAUUUUCUGUGUCUUUCUCGAGACUGACUUUGCCAUCUACAAGAAGAAAAUGUCUGAUAUCUUUCCAGAUGACACACCCCCAUCCACCAAAUCCACAACCAAGGAAGAGAGGGACGAGAGUAACAGGGGUAAAGAGGAAAUGGGGGACGAGAACGAGGGUGACGAUGCUGCUGCGGGAGGUGAAGACGUGGACAUGGCGAGUCAAAACCCAGAUGAAAAUUCUGGAAACGAGGAACCAAGUCAAGAAAAGGAUGAAGAUGAAAACGAACAAGAGCAAAAUGAAGACAUUGGAAUUGGCAACAAUGAAGAGAAAGAUGAAGCCAAAGGCAUCGACAGCAAAAAAGAUGAAGUCACAGCAGAGGAAGAGCAGCCCGCGGUGAAGGCGGACCAUGACGAUACAGCAAAGUUCACUGUGGAGAUGGAAGAUGUAUCUGAGAUCAGCAACACUGGCACCAGCAAUGGAGAGGAGAUGAAAGAUCCUGUCGAGAGCUCAGAAGAACCUGAUUCUCUUCUAACUGACAGCAUUCAGUCCAAAGACACUGUUGAGAAGAACGAAUGAGCAGCUGAGGGAAGGACAAUCAACCCGUUCUCACAGGCAGCAGAACUGCGCUGAGGCCAACCAACCACGCUGGUGUCAGACGGGCCCGUGUCAGUAUGGGCUGUGACCGCGGCCCAGGACAACCAGUUACUCACAAGAUGCUCACACCCCACCUGUAUCUAGCCUGUUCCCACCUUGUUAAGAAACUACCCAUCCCUGAAGUAUGUAUAUGUAUGUGCAAAGACCUUGCUAUAUGACUUGAACAUAUCAACCAGAACGAGAUGAGCCAUACCUCACCGUGUGUUACAGAUACUUUACUUUGCCAGCAGGGUGCGAUGAGAUAAACCAAGUGCAAGUCUCCUAAUUGUUGACCCAUGGCCACGGUGGGCCACAGUCGUGAUGAAAUUUAACCGUGGAAUUACCUGACAUCACCCCGCAACGCAGCACGCCUGGCAUGUCUCCUCACACUCUACUGUAGCUCCAGCUCCAUUGUUUCGUCGUAUCAGUAAAAACGCUCUCGAUUCAGACCCGCAGUCUGCAAGGCGGUGUGUCGGUCCCCAGCCGCUUUAACUAGGAACAUCCCUGAUUACAUGUGACGUCUGCCUCUGCUGUAACUGCAGCUUAACUCGUUUUUACCAAGAAACUGUUCAUCAAGGUACACUAAAGAGGAUAUUAGAACAAAUCAAUUGGUUCGUGUCCCCCUUAUACUGCCGUCAGAAAUGCAUGCCAGAUAAUUGCUUUGAACUUCAUCAACAUAAAUUACAGUCCUCUUCGCUUUGGCUUGUCUCCUUUACCAGAUUGUCUAUAACUAUAUUGAAGGAAUCUGCCUUAUUUCAUAUCAAACUACAACAUCGUCGUCACCAGGAGGUGGUCCAAGUGGGAGUUCUUGGUUUUGAUUGCUUGCAGAUGAUUUGUAAUUUUGAGUACAACAUGUAAUGACAGAUGCCUGUCGUUAAUGGUUUCCUUUUUUCUUCCUCAUUUGACUUUUAAACAUGGUUUUGGGUUCUCUUAAAUGUUGUGAUUUCUGAAUUAUUUUCAUUGGUGCCAUACUAAAGAUCAGAUUAAUUAUAGUUCUAUGAAAUGAUGCCUUCAUACUUUGAUGUUUGCUUUGCGAAACUAUAAUAGAAACAGCCAAUAAAACUUAAAGGUUGAA